UGUCAUUCUACUUUCGUCUUCCUCUCCUUCCAAUAAUGGUCAAACAACAACCAAAAUGUUACUACUAGGUCUCACCGGCUCGAUCGCAACUGGCAAAUCGACCGUCUCCUCAAUUCUCUCCUCUCCACCGUACUCCCUCCCUAUAAUCGACGCCGACAUCCUCGCGCGAAAAGUCGUCGAACCCGGCACUCCAGGCUACAAAGCCAUCCUCUCGCAUUUCCAAUCCACAACUCCCGAUCUCCUAUUACCUUUCCCUGACGAUCCAAGUUAUGAUCGGAGCAAGGGCGCGCCGCUGAACAGGCCUGCGUUGGGCAGGAGAGUCUUUGGAGAUUCGGAGGAGAGGAAGAAGGAUCGUGGAGUGCUGAAUGGCAUUGUGCAUCCGGCGGUUAGGAGGGAGAUGUAUAAGGCGUUACUGGGAGCUUAUUUGAGAGGUUGCUGGGCAGUGGUACUGGAUGUUCCGUUGCUGUUCGAGAGUGGCCUUGAUACGCUAUGUGGUACGGUGAUGGUGGUUGCGGUUAGCGACCCGGCCAUUCAAAUGAAGAGAUUGAGGGAGAGGGAUCCGCAUUUGAGCGCGGAGGAUGCAGAGAAUAGAGUCAAGAGCCAGGGCGAUGUCAGGGAGAAGGCUAUGAGGUGUGAGGAGAGAGGCAAAGGGAAGGGAGUUGUCGUUUGGAAUAACGGAGAUAAAGCUGCAUUGAAGGCUGAGCUGGAGAGGCUUAUGCGGGAGGUUUCAAGGAGUAGUCCAAGAUGGUGGGCUUGGCUGCUUCUACUGUGCCCGCCGCUGGCUGGACUAGCGGGAAUAUGGAAUUAUUGGCGGAAUUGGGUUAUCAAUCGGAGGUGGAGGGAAGGGGAACUGAAGGCGAAAGCUAAGUUAUGAAGAUGGUUCUCGACGACAUAUUUCCCGAUCUCAGGGGGCACUCAGACAGACGUUGCCAGUGUGGCGUCAAGCUUGGACAGAUCAGCUCCUUGGUUCUUUGGGGGACAUCUCUGCAGCCGAGUUCAGGCCAAUCUAGCAGGAUUAAUUCGAGUAGUUGACCGGAGGAUUCCCGAUAGGUGUUGUACUGUUGCUCACCAGAAAAGCCAGAGCCCAGCUUGGAAACCAAGGAGCUUGUCCCACUGGAACCUCCAUCGCCUAUUUCUGAGAGUCUGCUACUCAGCUGGCUUACAGGUUAGGGGCUCGAUUGGUCGCAAAUCCUGGGCAUUUGUUGAAAAUCCACUAUUCAGAUCUCCAUCAAGAUCACCGGGUAGCCUAUUUCUUCAUCUAUAGACCCUUUUAAUUUGCCCUGUGCAAAACCUUUUUCUACCUCUCUAGAGAAAAAUCGAUUCAGAUCUUCACUUGGGAUUCGAAAAAAAAUAUGUUGCACAUCGC